AUGGAAGAGGAAGUCGGAAAGCUGCACAAGAGUCACCACAUGUGGGAGCUGAGGGACUACUCCCGCCACAAAGCACAGCUGGGCGCCGGUCAGGCCGUCCAGAGCAGAGAAUUCAUGGCGGGAGGCCACCGUUGGGCGAUUGUUUUCUACCCCAACGGCCGCGACUCCGAAACCCGGAGUCAAGGCUACGCGUCCAUAUUCUUGUCCCUGCGAAGCGAGAGCGACAGCGGCGUCCAGUUUCUUCACGGGAUGUACGCGUUGGCCGCCGACGGCGGCGUCGAUUGGGGUAUCAACCUGUUCAAGCUUCGAUUGGGGAUUGGGUGCCUCAGGCGCGGCCAACAGUCUGGUUCGACCCAAUUCAUCAAGAGGUCCGUUCUCGAAUCCCCCGACAAUGGUUACCUGAAGGAUGAUUGCCUGAAGCUACUGUGCACGAUUGGGAUCCUCGAUUGCCCCUUUCCAAUAAAUCACCCCUUUCUCAGGUUCCCAAGAUACACACCAGCCACCGCCAACGGCGAAUCCCUCAAAGAGAUAUGGUCAUCCUUGUGUAAGGAGGUGGUUCGUUGUAAGAAAUCAGCGUGUGCCGUCCUACGAAGGGAACUUUUGGCCAGCUCAAUUUCAUUUUCAUCUGCUGCUCCUAAGGGGAAGUUAUUGGAAAGUGUUAUUUGGCGCCUGGGUGCAACUAAGUUGAAGCACAAGAUGAAGGAUGAUUAG